AUGAGUGAUUCGAAUCAUUUGUCGCCUAAACAAACCACCCGUCGCCGGGGGUCAUCCGUGGGGAAAUUUGAAGUUGGUGAUACUUCACCAUCUUUGAGUACGAUGUAUAUUAGUAACCAUUCUAGAAAAAAGUCGUUUGAAAGAAUCAAUGAAUUGUCGAAGGAAGGUUCGUCGGAUAUUGCUAUAUUGAAGAAGUUUAUUAUUGCAUUUAGAGAAUUGAGUUAUAGACAUACUUGGAUUCAACCGUUGAUUGUUUUGUUAAUUAGUAUUGGGACCUUUUUAUUAUCGGCUUCUGAUGGUUUGGUACAUGAAUUUUUAGCAAAAUUGAUGAUUCCAUCUUAUAAGAUUGAAGGAACCGAUCAAUACGGUAAAGGUGUUAAUGAUUUCUAUUUUGUAUUUUACUACGCCAUUUUUUUCACUUUCUUGAGAGAAUUUUUAAUGUGCUGUAUCUUAAGACCAUUGGCUAAGUUUUUCAAGAUUAAAAGAGAAAGUAAACAGAAGAGAUUCAUGGAACAAACUUAUGGGAUCUUUUAUUAUGGUAUAACCGGUCCAUUUGGUCUUUGGAUCAUGUCAAGAACUCCCUUAUGGUAUUUCAAUACCACCGAAUUCUAUAUCAGUUACCCCCAUAAAACUCAUGAUAUCUAUUUUAAAAUUUAUUACUUAGGACAAGCUGCCUUUUGGGUUCAACAAUCAAUUGUUCUUAUUUUACAAUUGGAAAAACCCCGUAAAGAUUUUAAAGAAUUGGUUUUACAUCAUAUUGUCACCAUUGCCUUGAUUUGGAACUCGUAUCGUUUCCAUUUCACUUGGAUGGGGUUGGCCGUUUAUAUCACUAUGGACGUAUCGGAUUUCUUUUUGGCUCUCUCCAAAACUUUAAACUACUUGGAUUCUCCAGUAACCAUUCCUUUCUUUGUUCUUUUCAUGUCUACCUGGAUUUACUUGAGACAUUAUUUGAAUUUGAAAAUCUUGUGGUCCGUUCUCACCGAGUUUAAAACCGUCGGUGAAUGGGAUUUGAAUUGGGAUACUCAACAGUACAAAUGUUGGAUCUCCCAACCAAUCGUCUUCUUCUUGAUUGGGGCUUUACAAUUGGUCAACACCUAUUGGUUGUUCCUCAUCCUUCGUAUCUUGUACAGACUCUUCAAUAGCGGAGAAGCUAAGGAUGAUAGAAGUGAUGAUUCUGAAGAAGAAGAAGAACAACAUAAAAAGUAUGAUUAA